UUCAAUUCAUUGUUUGAAUUAAUUACAAUAUAUGAUAAUGAAUAAUAAACGAAGACAUUUUGCUGAAAAGCUUCUAUUGGGAUCAUAGUAGAUUAGAUGUUGUGGUAAACUACAGCUUAAAAUAGGCUUUGCCUCAUCAGGAGAACACCUGCAGUACAUCCUACACGUAACUAAGAAUACAUAAUUCAGGACAAUAUAGCAGUAGAAUACAUUACAGUAAUCUACAUUUGCUAAUAACUUUAAGAGCAGAAAAAAUGAAUGAGACAUCCACCGUAUAUAAACAACAAUGAAUCCGUUAUUUGUAAUUCUACGGGGCGCAACGUGAUGAAGCUCUCAUAAUUUUAUUUGUACUUAAUUGCAAUCAGAAAUUAACGGCGCACACCAAAAUCACGCUCACGUGCUAUUAGCUACCGAGCAAAUGUGUGUGGUAGUAGUCCAUAGCGGUAUCGAAGAUUCGAAGUCGAAUGUUGCGCAUGCGCCCGUGUAGCAAGUCCAUUUUAUGGGUUGCUUUGUUUUUUUUCUACCUCUGGAAUUUUGUUUGGUUGGUGGCGCUGUGCGCAUGCCUUAUGCUGAUGCCGGUUAUGGCGGCGGUGUGUAUGUUUCCAUGAGGCGGCUAGCAAGAGCCAUUCCCACGGACUGAGAGAGCAAAGAGAGACCGAGGCCAUGGCUGGCGUGUUCGACAUUGAUUUGGACCAGCCAGAGGAAAAUGUCUCCGACGACGAGCUCGACGAGGGGGCCCAGAUCAGCGAGUACAUGGACCAGUGCAGCGGGUUCGAAUUCAACAUGGACGACUGUGAGAAGUUUGAAAUAUCAGAAGACAGUGUUAACAAGGGAACGGAACAAAUCCGCCCGGAAUGCUUCGAGCUGCUGCGGGUCUUAGGAAAAGGAGGCUACGGCAAGGUUUUCCAAGUUCGAAAAGUGUCUGGAGCCACUUCGGGAAAAAUAUUUGCCAUGAAGGUCCUGAAGAAGGCCAUGAUCGUGCGGAACGCCAAGGACACGGCGCACACCAAGGCGGAGCGCAACAUCCUGGAGGAGGUGAAGCACCCGUUCAUCGUGGACCUCAUCUACGCCUUCCAGACCGGCGGCAAGUUGUACCUCAUCCUGGAGUACCUCAGCGGUGGUGAGCUGUUUAUGCAACUGGAGAGGGAAGGAAUCUUCAUGGAGGACACAGCUUGCUUCUAUCUGGCGGAGAUCUCCAUGGCCCUGGGGCACCUGCACCAGAAAGGCAUCAUCUACCGGGACCUCAAACCGGAAAACAUCAUGCUCAAUAACCACGGUCACGUGAAGCUGACGGACUUCGGACUGUGCAAAGAAUCGAUCCACGACGGCACGGUCACCCACACUUUCUGUGGUACCAUAGAGUACAUGGCUCCAGAGAUCCUCAUGAGGAGCGGACACAACCGGGCUGUGGACUGGUGGAGUCUGGGAGCCCUGAUGUACGACAUGCUGACAGGCGCACCUCCCUUCACUGGCGAGAAUCGAAAAAAGACCAUUGACAAAAUUUUAAAGUGCAAGUUGAACCUCCCACCCUACCUCACUCAAGAAGCCAGGGACCUUCUUAAAAAGCUGCUUAAAAGAAACGCCUCAUUGCGACUGGGGGCGGGACCAGGAGAUGCCACAGAAGUGCAGACCCACCUCUUCUUCAGACACAUUAACUGGGAAGACCUCCUCGCACGGAAAGUGGAGCCCCCUUUCAAACCUUUCCUACAAUCGGCGGACGACGUGAGCCAAUUCGACUCCAAGUUCACAAGCCAGACCCCCGUGGACAGCCCCGACGACUCCACGCUAAGCGAAAGUGCCAAUCAAGUCUUCCUGGGGUUUACCUACGUAGCUCCAUCCGUGCUGGAGAACGUCAAGGAGAAAUUCUCGUUCGAGCCAAAAAUACGGUCGCCGCGACGAUUUCUGGGAAGUCCGAGAACACCUGUCAGCCCCGUAAAGUUCGCGGGAGCCGACUGCUGGCCCCGCGGGGCCUCGCUGCUGGGGGCCCCCGCCCUGCAGUCCCCCACGGAGCUGGCCAUGGAGGUGUCCGGCGUGGAGCAGAUGGACGUCACCGCCAGCGCCGAGGCCUCCGCCCCCCUCCCCAUCAGGCAGCCCUCGGGCACCAACACGGGGUCCUUCAAGAAGCAGGCCUACCCCAUGCUCUCCAAGAGGCCCGAGCAUCUACGUAUGAAUCUAUGACGUUCGGCUGAACUUAGGCUUCGGUUUGUUUUGUCUAUUUUUUUUUUUCGUUUUUGUUUUUUAGGACAAUUACAGUUGGAAAAAACAAUAACUGAUCGCCAGCGCCACCAUUUCCUUCGACCAUGCACCCCCCCCCUCCGUUUGAUGAGCUUGUGUGCUGCAGUGGGCCGUAACGCCAAGGCGCUGGCCGAUGCAGUCGCCCACCAUUCUCCCGGGGGGGUGGGGGUGGGGGGUGGGGUGGGGGGGUAGUUUGAUUGGUUAGGACUGGGCCUGACCCCCCAAAUAGCUAAGAUGAAUUUCUACUAUUAUACCUUUGCAGUGCGUCAGGGUAAAUGUGCGAGCGCAAAAAAAAAAAGAAAAAAAGUUACCUAUUUCAGCAACAGCCGCUACAAAAAAAAAAAAAAAAAAACUCUUUGAUUGGCCAUUUGCUGCAGGCUGGCUAAACGUGACAUGGUGCUCCAGUAGAUCAAAUGCUGUUGAGGAACUGCUUCCGUGAAUGCUUUAAAAUAAUUUUCCAGUGUUACUCUGGGUGCAGCAUUGCUUUCCUGUUCAGAAUGACGUGACUUAAAUCAAUGUUAUCUGAGAGACUGUAACAGAACUGACGAGAGGGGAAAUGACUUUACUUAGCAGGGAUGCCGUAGUCAGUCUUAUAUAUCCGAGCGCUGCAAAAAAACGUGCAGCCGCAACACUAUUAAACCAAGGAAUCGAUAUAUAUGACAGCCUCAAUAAAACAAAAAACGAAAUGUGUACUUUUUAAUACGGUUUUCUUUUUAAUUUCAAUUUCUCGUGGUUUGAUUGCGGAGUUGUUUGAGUGCGUACGGUGAGGAACUCAGGUUUUACUUUGUUUGUCCAACCGUUGACAAGAGAACAGUUUCAUCGAUGGAAAAGCCACUAGGAAACUGACUUGGUCCUUCACCUGCAAGAUCUGUCAAUUGCCUCAAACCAUUAAAACACACUGAUUUAUGAAAGCAUCAAUGUAGUACUUAAAGCGUUGAAUGUAUUCUGGUUCCAAAUGCCUUUUGAGUAUCUGACACACCUUAUUUUUCUUUCUUUCUUUUCCUUUUCGCUUAACAGUAUUACAAAGUUUCACAAUCAACAGUGGUGCGUAUUGGGGAUUAGUCUAUAAAGGCCAGGUCACUCUAGGCCAGUGGUCUCCAACGCUGGUCCUGAAGAGCUACAGGGUCUGCUGGUUUUUGUUUUCACCUUAAAAUCAGCACCCAGUUGAGACCCAAGACACCAGGUGAGUUGAGUUAACUGUGUAAUCAACUGCUCUGAUUGAUUCACGAAGUGCGGAGUCACUAUGAAAACCAGCAGACCCAGUAGCUCUCCAGGACCAGGGUUGGAGACCACUGCUCUAGGCCCUGAUUCAACCUUGAUUCUUUGGUGUUGAUAUUACCAGUCUAACUGAGCAUGGGAUAGGAGCAGUGGGGAUGUGAGGCUUUCUUAUGCUUGAGUUAUGAGCCCCAAACUGUAAAGUGAAAAAAAAACAUUAACACUGCCUUAUGUAGUAAAAAAAAUCAUCGUGUAGAGAGCUAGGAAUGGCUACUUUCGUUAGCACGGUCACGGAAUGUCCUCCACGUUCGGAACUCGUCUUAAGCCUUCCAGCGCCGUGUUCCCACCGUCAGGCCGGCUAGGUCGGGCUGAAAACCCGAGCGGGUUCGCGCCUCGAGCCAGAGAACUCUGACCGAUGGCCCGUUUGUCUGUCCGUCUGUCCACUGCCAGUCCUCAGAGGGGCUGGCAUCUCUCGGAGUACCGCCCAUUCGAGGCCUCCUUGGUGUAGACGCCAUACGGCCACUAACAUAUGAAUUUUGAUACAAUGCUAGCUGUGAUAACCUUGCCCCUAGCUGUGACCACUCUCCUUUACCCCACUUGAUGACCAAGGUGGUUUGAAGGUGUAACGGUGUGGUCUACAGGCUCCAACUGGGCCGGAAGUGGAUGUGGCAAAGCGACACGGGCUGGAGUACGCUAGCUCGCCCGGAGUUAGCCUGACUGUGGGAAUGCAGCUAUUGAAGCUACUCUUAACUGUUUUCUGAACUGAGCCACAGGAACAAAGCCAUAACCCCCUCAUCCAAAAAAAAAAAAAGUAAAUCUGCUUAAAAAGAGGAGCUGCACUGCUUUUUACUGUCCGCUGCAGGGUGCAGCUCUUGGCUUGUUUUUGAUGAAAGCGAAUAGCAGUGGCGCUUUGGGGUGCUAGUUUUUUUUGUUUGUUUUUUUUGCUUGGCCCCUGGCAGAAAGGGCAUCUCGUUAGCCUUCUGAAAGUGCACCCAAGGGACUGUUGACCAAUUUCUGAAAUCGGCGCACCGCCGAGAACAAACCUGCAACAAUCCAGUCCUCUUGGCCUGAAGUAAGAGGUCAGGACUGAAAUCCUUCCGUUUACACUGAGUAGAAGAUGGCCAGCAAACAGCCGUGUAAUGUCAUUUCUGAGCGAAGAAGCGCGUUGCUUUCUGGCCAAAAGGGAUUUUUUUGCUCUUUCUUUAAAUUGGGAUUUCAGAAGAAAAUGUCAACAUGACACUUUGUGCAGUUUAAGGAAUUGUUUGAUCCAGUCCCGAAGAUUGCUUUGCACAAACCCUUUGGCAAUUCUGUGCAAUUCAAAUAUUAUAACAAGCCCACGAAUAAAUAAAGAGGACUAGUCCAAUAGAACAGUUGCAGCACUUUGUUUGAAUCACUUAGUGUUAUGUUGCGUGGCUCUGGCCCAUAGUUCUUGCUAGUUUUCAUGCAUAUUGGCUGUGGGGCGAGGAUAUAUCCGGUAUGCGUUGCUGCAAGAUAACAUUGUUCAACAGGGGUGAUAAAACGCAGAUUACCCACUGACUAAAUGAAACUUGUCAAGGCUUAUUGUUAGAACGUGUGGAAAUGGUACCAGACGUACGUAUGUUUUCACAUCAGUGGUGAUUGAUAUUUCAACGCCGCUACAUAUUGACUGACUUUCAGAACCUUUUCGAAAUCUUAAAUAUGGCUGAGCGUCUGCUCACCCCGGCCAUCUUGGUGCUGUCAAAGUUGAGACUAACAUUACUGUAGAGAGCAUGGUCAUUAAAUUAAAUGCAUUCCCUUUCCAUGGACAGGAGCCUCCGGUUCAUAUAGCUUGUGUGAAAUAUCAGUGCGCUCGGCGACCUUUGCUUGCGAAAUUGAGGAAGGUUUUUAUUUGUGGUUUGACUCUGUAUGGCUCCUGUUUUAUUCGGUCUUACCAUCACAACUUUGUAACCGGACCACUUUUGACCCAAAACCACGAUCCUGUAGAAUAAAUCCAAUUCAUUUCAUUUUUUGCCCCCAAUCCUCACACAAAGUUUUUUUUUUUUUGUGUUUGUGUGUGUGUGUGUGUGUGUAAAUUGUACAGCUGGCAAAAAUUGUUAUUAGAGACUUAGAUUUAACAGAACAGCAUACAAUGAACACAAGACUGAAGGGAAGAUCUCCAAUAAACUAAGAAUUUUGAUGGCUUACUCGUACACUUGGGAUUCCUGGCUUCCUUUCGGCAUGCGGGUGCUACGCAGGAUUUGAUGAAUGCUUCUGUCUGCUCAGACCAGUGCGCGUUUCACAGAAGGGUCUUCCCUGUGACUGAAUCUGUAGUACGUUUCGUCUUGGCCGAUUAAGUCUUUGGGAAUAGGGGACCGCUCGGUGUGGCUGGGACAUCUCUCGUGUUAUGGCUGAGAGCUGCAUCUCCCUAGCCUUCGGUGGUCAUUACGCGACCUUGGACGUACUGUAGGCCGCUCUGACACGCUCAACGGUCACCCUUCCCUUAUUUCCUCUUUUUUAAGAACUCCGGGCUCUUUAGGAUCUUAAAAAUUGCUCGCAAUUCUUACGUGAUUUUUACAGUUUUUUUUUUUUUUAAAGGAAAAAGAUUUAUUUAUUCAAGUGCCAUUCUAUUUUUUUUUUUUUUUCCACUUUCUGCAUCAAGCUCACUAUGCAAAUUUACCUGUGUUCGUUUGUCGCUCGCCCGAACGUCAACCGCUUGCAAAGGUGCCUGGUGAUUGGUUUCCCUUGAAGUGGCGUACCUUCUAGUUUUACUGAGCUAAAUCGCUUGAUAUUUUGUGUACAUACUUUUUUUUUUUUUUUACUCAAGUAUUUGAGGAUUAAAAACAUUUAUUUUUAAACUUCAACAACAGCAGCUAUUUUUUUUUUUUCUUUACAAACUUGUACAGUGUGUGUGCGCGCGUGCGUGAAGUUCUCAGUUUGUAAUAGUCUACGGAUAUAAGCAGCAUGAAAGCAGGACUGUAAACCUGACAAAAUCCCCCUGCUAAGAUGACACAAAGCUGUGGGCGGGGCUGUUGAGACCAUGUGACGAGUACUCCGAAUCGGGACAGCGGAUUCUCCCCGCGUCGUGCAGGUGACAUCCCCCCCGAAAGCCGCCCCCUAAUUGCUGAAAGUCAAAAACGGUUUUAAUUAUUGAUGCAAAAAUGGAUGGGUCUGUGCCUUUUUAAAUUGCAGUUCCUUUAUUUGCAAUGUAUGGAUUGACACGGUGAGCAAGGAAGUCGGCCUAGCUCUUCUUCCUGCUACCCUGGUGUCUGAACGACGGCCCCAAGUGCUUUUCUGUGUCUGUACUACUUGAUACUGAAAUGAUUUUUUGUGCAGGAAGCCGAGUAAUUCUUCUUUUCCCCCCAAUUUUCAGUCAGAUUCAGGCAGGUAUUCAUUCAUUGUUGAACUUUUCACCUUAAUUAGAUAUUUUUCAUCAAACUGUGCUUGAAUGUUUCGAGUGUCAUGGAAAUUGGUGUGGCUUAGAUGAAAAUGGUAAGAAUUGUUAAAUUUGAUCUUGGAUUUUUUUUAAAUGUGACAGAAUACACGGCACAUAAAUGGACUGGUCUCUGUUUUAAUAGGCCGUGGAUGACACAGGCCUUUUUCCAGAGUACAUUCUGCAUAUCAUGUCUAUCUUAAAUAUCAUUUAUAAAUCUUUCCAUUUGUUCUGUAGUAGCAAGUUAAGACUUGUACAGAAAUUAAAGGCUUUAUAGUUUUAAAUACUGAGAAAGUUUUAGCUGUCUGUUUUACAGUACUAAAUGUAAUUCUUAAAUUGCAACCAAAACAGGGUUAAGGCCCCAUGAAUGCAAAACUUAAAUAGUCUUCUAGUAGCCAUUGCUCAAGAAUGGCCAAAGGGAAUACUGACUUGAGGUAAACGGUGUUAUUUUUGGCUGUUACUUCGUGCAAUGCAUUUGCUUAGCCAACGUGCAUCCUGUCAUCUCAAGUAUUGUUAAAUUCCAGUGUAUCAAAGGCUGGUUCAUAUCCAGCGCAAGUAUUCACACUGGCUUUUAAUUUAGGAUCAAUUGCACACUUUACAAUUAAAUAAUUUAACCAUACUUCAUGAAAGACUGUAAAUAGCUGUCAAGUUUGACGCAAAUUAUGGAUUUGAAACCAUCCUCGAUAAUUUAGGCUAGUUAGUGAAUUCAUUGAAAUUUUUGCCCCUCAUUUGGAAGUGUGAAUGGUGACUUAACUGUGGAUGGAUCUCAUUUUGAAUUUAAGUUGUUCGUUUUGGGAAUACAUCUUAAUUCUGUACAUAGUGUAGUGGUAGCCGAACCGAUGCCCCUCAGUUGCAGAAUUAUGCAUUAUAUUUCAGAAACCACAAUGAAUAUUUAAAGCCAAAUGGUUCUUUUGGAACAGUGAUAAAAAUGGGGGUGGGGCUGUGCAGGGAGUUACUUUGUCAUAGCGGAAUUCUUGAAAAUGCAGUUGGGAUUCUUUUUUUUUGUGUUAACGGCUAUUCUAAGCAUUGCUGUAGGAGCAGGUUAGGCGAUAACCAUGUUAACAUAGGGCAAGGACGGCAGUCAUCUUAACGCUUUUUCAUUUUGUGUCCAUCUGCGCCUGGUUUUAAAAGUGAAUGGCUGUAAAUAGUUGAAUGAUAUUAAAGUCUGUUCAUUGCUAGCUCA